AUGGCUGAUGAUAAAAUGUAUAUAUCGUACAAUAAUGUACAUCAAUUAUGUCAAGAAUCUGCUGAUAAAAUUAAACAAUUCAAGCCAGAUUUAAUCAUUGCCAUUGGUGGUGGUGGGUUUAUACCAGCUAGAAUGUUACGAUCAUUUUUGAAAGAACCAGGUCAACCAAAUGUUAGAAUUAUGGCUAUCAUAUUAUCAUUGUACGAAGAAAUCAUAAAUUCAGAUGGAGUUGAAGAAAAACCGGGCACUAAAGUAGUUAGAACACAAUGGAUAGAUUAUAAUCAAUCUAAAGUUGAUCUAGUUGGUAAAAACAUUUUAAUUAUUGAUGAAGUUGAUGAUACUAGAACCACUUUACAUUACGCAGUCAGUGAAUUGAAAAAGGAUGUUAAGGAACAAAGUGAAGCUCAAGGUAAAGAUCCAAAUUCAACCAAAUUUGGUAUAUUCGUUCUACACGAUAAGAUUAAAACCAAAAGAGCAGAAUUACCUGAUGAUAUUAUGAAAACUGGUAAUUAUUUUGCUGCCAGAACAGUUCCUGAUUGUUGGAUUGCUUAUCCUUGGGAAUCUACUGAUAUCGUUUAUCAUCAAAAAAGAGCUGAAGAGCAAGGUAAUGAUGUAUUUUUACCAUCCACCACAAAGGAGUAG